ACAGUCUCUUGGAAGCCUUGGCCGGGGGCCAGAGAAAAACCUGAGCCUGCUUCCCACCGUAAAAGGGCCUGGGGCAGAUCACAUCCUUCUAGUUUUGCAAGUUGCAUCCCUCGUUAGCGGCUCGCCCCAGCUGCCAAGGAUGUAAUUACCUGGGAACAGAUAAGCGCAGGAGAUGGAUGUUCAAAGUGUGCUGCACGCAGUUGGAUGCUGGACGGCAUUCACUGCCUCACCUUUCUAGGAGAAGAGAGAGCAGGCCAGGUGCAAGGCCUCCCAGCCACCCAACAGUGGGAGUUUGGCAGGAGGCGUGUGGAGGAAGCCCUCGACCAAAGGCAACUGUUACUGGGAGGCAGGAGAUAAGGUCCGGCGGCUCGGAGCCAGCGCAGAGGCUGGAGCCCGGGAGCAGGGAUUGGCCCAGCAGUGGGAGGGUGUGCUGACCCGGGCCUGGGAGAGGGGCCGGGCCGCGGGGGAGCCCGCACAUUCUUGGGUUUGUGGGAGGUUCCCAUUCUGUGCGAUUCACGUUCCUCGUGGCCUGGGAUCACGGUGCGGAGGGGGACGAACAGGGUGCCUCCCCCACCGAGGCGGCCGAUGGGCGUCCCUUUCUUCUCGGACUUCCUGUCUCCGGAGGGGCGCCCCUGCCUGUGCCCCGGCUUGGCUCGGUGCCAUGACCCAGCAGCCACAGGAGGGCUUCGACAGGAGCGUGGAGGAGGCCCGCGCAUGGAUGCAGGCGGUGCAGGAGCGGCUGCAGGUCAAUGACAACACCCAGGGGCCCCUGGAGGCCCUGGAGGCCAGGCUGCAGGAGACUGAGAAGCUCUGCCGGCUGGAGCCCGAGGGGCAGGUGAAGGUGGAUCUGGUGCUGCAAGCAGCUGAAAUCCUCCUGGCAUGCUGCCUCGAGGACCAGCGACCCGAGAUCCUGGCCCUGCUGAGGGACCUCAAGGACCAAUGGGAGGAGACCGUUACCUACAUGACUCACUGUCACAGCCGCAUCGAGUGGGUCUGGCUGCACUGGAGGGAGUACUUGCUGGCCCGUGGCGAGUUCUACCGCUGGUUUCAGAAGAUGGUGGUCACGCUGGAGCCCCCAGCUGAGCUGCAGCUGGGCCUGAAGGAGAAGCAGUGGCAACUGAGUGAUGCCCAGGUGGUGCUGCACAAUGUGAAGAACCAGGCCGAGCUCUUAGACAGGCUGCUGGAGGAGGCAGCCUCCCUGUUCAACAGGAUCGGGGACCCCAGUGUGGACGAAGAUGCGCAAAAGAAGAUGAAAGCGGAGUACGACACGGUGAAGGCCAAAGCCCAGGACCGCGUGGACCUGCUGGCGAGGGUGGCCCAAGAGCAUGAGGAGUACCAGGCGGGCGUGGAUGAGUUCCAGCUGUGGCUGAGGGCAGCAGGGGAGAAGGUGCAGGCCUGCACGGGCAAUGGUUGCCAGCUGUCCACUGAGCUCCGCCUCUCCGCACUGCAGGACAUUGCCAAGGAUUUCUCCCAGGGUGAGGCGUCUUUGAGGAGGCUGGAGGCAUCGUCUGAGGGCGUCAUACAGAACACCUCUCCCUUGGGGGCAGAGAAGAUCACCAGGGAACUGGAGGAGAUGCGGAAGGCCCUGGAGAAGCAGCGGGGCCUCUGCGAGGAGGAGGAGGCGCAGCUGCGGGACCUGCUCUCAUCCAAGGGUGCCCGUGAACAGCAGCUCCGGCGGCUGGAGGCUGAGCUUGGAGAGUUCCGGAAGGGCCUCGAGAGGCUGGCCCAGGGCGGGCUGGAGCCCUCAGCGAUGGCAGCAGCAGCAGGGACUGAAAAUGAGCUGGUGGCCCGCUGGAGGCUCUACUCAGCGUCCCGGGCAGCUCUGGCCUCAGAGGAGCCGCGGGUGGACCGGCUGCAGGCCCAGCUGAAGGAGCUCGUCGCCUUCCCCGACCUGCAGCCACUCUGUAACAGUGUGGUGGCCGCCAUCCAGGAAUAUAAGAGCAUGAAGGGGAGGAGCACCAAGCUGUGCAAUGCCACCAGGGUGGAGCUGUGGCAGCAUUUCCAGCGACCCCUCCAUGAUCUGCAGCAGUGGCGGGCCCUGGCCCAGCGGCUCCUGGAUGUCACCGACAGCCUGCCAGACCUGCCUUCCGUCCACACCUUCCUGCCCCAGAUCAAGGCGGCCCUGGUGGAAAGCUCCCGCCUGAAGGAGCAGCUGGCGGCGCUGCAGCUGAAGCCGGAUCUGCUGAGCGGCAUCUUUGGCCCAGAGAGAGCCUCAGACCUCCUGGCGCAGGUGGCGAGCUGCAUGCAGGACAGAGAUGCGCUGCAUAGCAGCCUCCUGCAGAGGAAGGGCAAGCUGCAGAGUUUGCUUGCUCAGCACAAAGACUUUGGGGCUGCUUUCACGCCCCUGCAGAGGAAGCUGCUAGACCUCCAGGCCAGGCUUCAGGCGGAGAAAGGGCUUCAGCGGGACCUUCCCGGAAAGCAGGCCCAGCUCCUGCGGUUGCAGGGCCUGCAGGAAGAGGGGCUGGAGCUGGAGGUGCAGGUGGAGGCCGUGAGGUGUCUCGCCCAGGAGGAUUCCAGUCACCAGCACAAAAUGGACCAGCUUUCCUCUGACUACCGGGCCCUGCGCAGGUCCCUGGAGGACCUCUUGGGCAGGUGUCAGCAGAGCGUGCGGGAGCACUGCGCCUUCAGCCACCAGCUGCUAGAGCUGCAGCAGUGGGUCACCAUGGUCACACAGAUGCUGGAGUCGCACCGAGGGGACGAGGGCCCGUGGAAUGCCGAGUCCCGAGAGGCUGGGGUAGAGACCCUGCUGGCUGAGCUCCCGGAGAGGGAGGCCAGCCUGGCCCUGGUGGAGGCGCACGGCCGGUUGGUGAUGGAGAAGUCUUCUCCAGAAGGUGCGGCCGAGGUCCAGAGGGAGCUGCAGGAGCUGGCUGAGUCCUGGCAGGCUCUGCGGCUGCUGGAGGAGGAAGUGCUGAGCCUCAUCCGAAAUCGGCAGCUGCAAAGCACGGAGGUGGACUCUGGGAAGAGGCUGGUUUUCACCAACAACAUCCCAAAGUCGGGCUUUCUCAUCGACCCCCUGAAUCCUAUCCCCAGGCGGCGGCACAGGGCAAAUCUGCCUGAGGAGGGCGAAGGCAGCCAUGAAGGUUUCUCCCAGCUCCUGAGGAACUUUGACCAGUGGCUGCAGGUGGAAAAUUCCAAGCUGGUUAGAAUCAUUGCGAUGAGAGCCACCUCGGCCAGCGAUGUGAGGACCAGAGAGGCAAAGCUGCAGGAGCUGCAGGCACGAGUCCCAGAAGGCCAGCGUCUCUUUGAGAAUCUCCUUCAUCUCAGGCCCUCGAGGGCAUCCUCCGAGGAGCUGGAAGACCUGCGCUACCGCUGGAUGCUGUACAAGUCCAAGCUCAAGGACGCUGGCCACCUGCUGCUGCCGGGUUCUCCAGGGGAGCCGAGCGGAUUCCAGACGGCGCGGUGGGGGCGCGGCCCGUGCUCCCUGCUCCGGAAGGCGUGCUGUGUGGCGCUCUGGUUGCUGCUGCUGCUCCUGCUCCUUCUGCUGCUGCUCUUCCUGCUGCCGGCCGGCGAGGAGGCCCGCGGCUGCACCCGGGCCAACAACUUCGCCAGCUCCUUCAUGCUCAUGCUGCACUACGACGGCCCCCCGCCCACCUAGCCCGCCGCGGGCGCGUGGUGACCUUCUCUUCCGACCUCCAGCAGUCCCGGGGCUUCUCCGAAGGUGUCCAGCUGGGGAAACUGGAGACGGUGGACCAGAGACUGCAGAGCUGCCUCGGCGUAGACACUGCGGCUGGGACCCCGGGACACCCUUCCUUUUUAUACAACGUUGUCUUCGUCUAUUUAUACCAUGUGCGGCUAGCGGAACAUGUACAGAAUUUUUAUAUGCUUGCUAUGUAAAGGCCCAGUACGUAUAGUUUUAUAUAUAUAGGAUGUCUGUUUGUAGUUGGGGACAUCCCUCCCUAGCGUUUUCUCCUGUGGGGUUUUGUGGGCUUUGUGCCUUGGCCUGCGGUCAGCCCCAGAAAGCAGGAACAAUUCCUAUCACUUUGGGGGCAGCCUCUUACCCGGAAGCCAACCCCUAACCCAGAUGGAGUGAGGAGCCCAACGGCCCCUGGUCCGGAGCCUGGAGGCUCUCACUCUAGGCGGUGAGAUGGUUUUUAAACCACAAAGGCUUGGUGUAUGGGUUAGAAGGAGAAAUGGGCAUGACCAGAGGCAGGCAUGGUGACAGGGAGACAGAUGGGGCAGGAGCUCGAUGUCUUCUGAUGGUUCACGCCAGCGUGGGCGUGCCGCACUGAUCAGGGCCUUCAGGAAGGUUUUACGUGAUGGCCGUGCGGGGAUUCUGUCUGGGGAGGAAGGGGAAGGAGGUCGACUUGGUUUCUCAUUUCCAUGCAGAAGGGGCAGACUUGGGAGCCCCUGAGAGUCCAGGGAGCCUGGUCACCUCUGUGACUGCACUAAGCUCACUGCGUCUGGAACGCGAGCUGAGGGGGAGAGGAAGCACCUGCCGCACAGCCGCCAGAGCCCAAGGGCCUGGCCUGGAGCCCGAGCUGCCUCGAGAGCUCUUCUUCCCCUUCCCAGAAGGGACUUGGGAGUAAGGCAGGUCCUUUAGGCCAAGAAUGUCCCGCCCGCACCCCCACAUGGGCCCAAGGCCCAGGCCACCUCAUCUGGCUGCAGCCUGGCCUGGGCGAGGUGGGAAGGGGCCGGGGUGACUCCAUGCUGGGCCCAAAGGCUGGAAGCUUGGCUUCUCCUUGCACAGAACUCUGGAUUGUUCCUAAGGGCUUUAAAAUGGGAUCGCAGACAGGCAUGGUGGCACAAAUCUGUAAUCCCAGCACCCUAGGAGGCUGAGGCAGGAGGAUUGCAAAGUUGGAGCC